UACAUCGGUUAUAUCCAACAAACUCUCCAACCCGCCCGCAGACAUGGCCUCUUCUUCCUUUUUUCCAUCUCUUACCAAACUGUCGCAUACCGAAUCAUACCCCGCCAUAUCACCAUCGCGCCCUGAGCUCUCAGUGAAAGGCAAGGUUGUCGUCAUCACCGGCGGUGGCAGUGGCAUCGGCGCCAGCAUCGCAAAGGCCUUUGCAGCCGGCGGAAGCACUAAGAUAGCUAUUAUCAGUCGGACCGAAAGGAAUCUUCUCGCGACCAAGCAUGCUAUCGAAGAGGUAUUCCUAGGCACCGAAGUUCUGGCCGUGCCUUCCGACAUCACCAACGCGAGGCAGGUCGAUGAUGCCUUCCUUAAUAUUAGCCAAACCUUUGGCAAGAUCGAUGUCUUGGUCUGUAAUUCCGCGUUCAUGCCAGUUCCUCGCCCUGUCCUCAGCCCAGGUUUCGAUGUGGAGGACUGGUGGACCGCAUUCAACACCAACAUUUUGGGAGCGCUGUACACAGUCAAGGGAUUCGUCAGAUAUGCAGCCGAAGGAGCGCAUAUUCUGCACAUCUCAACUUGUGUUGGCCACAUGCCACCGCUGGAAGCAGGUGUGUCUGCCUAUGCUGCAAGUAAGGCCGCUGCGGCAAAGUUAUUCGACUACAUAGCGUUCGAAAAUCCCGAGCUACACGUCGUCAACGUUCACCCCGGCCUCGUCGAUACCGACAUGAGUCGCAAGAGCGGCCAUGGUGGCUUGGAUCACAUUGAUUUGUCUGGCCACUUCUGCUUGUGGCUGGUUAGUUCCGAAGCCGACUUUCUCAGGGGCAAGUUCGUGUGGGUGAACUGGGACGUAGAUGAAUUGAAGGUCAGAAAGGAAGAAAUUCUGAGCACCGAUCUACUGGAUACGAAGCUCGGUGGAGUCACCUUCACAGGCUGGGAAGGGUCCCAGAUGUUGGAAGGGCUCUGAACGCACUAGUUAUUGUCUGAUCCAAAGAACUAGGUAGCCUCUUAACUACGCAGCUCCUCACGCGUGUUCUUGGAGUUUUUAGAGUGAUUGACAUUCGACGCGAAACAAGUAGCGUAGUCUGGCAAUCUUGAAGUCGUCCUAAGUAAGAGAAUUUGUACUAGAUUUCUAGCAGUCCGAAUGUGAGUGCGGAUGUAACUAGAAAAGGAGAGGAAAGCGAAAGGUAAAGUUGCCGCCAAUUUCGGCGCAUUACC